AUGACUGUUGAGGCGGCACCCCAAGAAUCUUACCUUUUCCAAGCAAACAUCGGAAAAGCCGGUCCCCAGGUCGUUGGUGGUAAGGGAGUCCGCGUUGAUGUGAAGUUUGAUGGGAAGGUGCAAAAAGGUAUGAUAGAUGCGGUGGCUGGUGCAGCGGUGGGUGCACUUGGCUGGGGCGAUGAAGAAGUUUACCAAAUCAUAAACGACGCCGCUCGUAACUCUACCUACUCUUACCCAGCGUUGCUAUCAAACGAGAGUGCUGAGGAACUAGCAAAGUUCUACAUCGAAAACUCACCAGAAGGCGUGUUUGCUGCUGCUCUGUGGUGUACUUCUGGUUCCGAAAGUAACGAGAAUGCUUUGCGUAUUAUCAGACAGUACUGGGUGGAGCGUGGUCUUCCAGAAAAGAUGAAAAUUAUCUCCAGAGAAAACUCCUACCACGGUUUUACGUUAGCUGCUCAAUCGAUUUCAUCUAAUCCCAGAAUCGAUGCCUUCUCACCUCUUCUAAUUGAUCAGAAAAACAUCUGCAUCAAGAUGCCAUGCGCCUACACUUAUCGUUUCAAGGAGGCUAAAGAGACUGAAGAAGAAUAUGCUCAACGCCUUUUGGAUAUUCUUGAGAACAAGAUCUUGGAACAUACUCCUGAAAGAGUGGGAGCCGUGAUUGUGGAGACCCUUCCAGGGUCUGCAUUGGGCACCUCUCCACCGCCAAAGGGCUAUCUGAAAGGAAUCAGAGCUUUGUGCAACAAAUACGAUAUCAUCUUUCAGCUUGACGAAGUCAUGUGCGGUACUGGUAGGUGCAACCCAAAUGGUAGGCUUAACUGCUGGGAAAAUUUCUUAGACCCCUGCGAUGCACCAGAUAUACAAACAGUCGGCAAAACUCUCGGAUCUGGUUAUGUUACCAUAGCCGGUGUUUUAGUUGGUCCUAAGAUCAGAAAUGCCUUCCUUGAAGGUUCGGGAUCUAUUAUCGGAGGCCACACUUACUCUUGCCACGCAUUCAACUGUGCAGUUGCCUUGGGGAUUCAAAAGAAGAUCAAGAAAGAAAAGUUGCCAGAGAACAUGUUCAAAAUGGGCAACUUGAUGGGACAGAAAUUGAAGGACAAACUCUUGUCCGCUGACAACAUUGCUGGUGAUGUGAGAGGCAUUGGUGGCUUCUGGACUGUUGAAUUUGUGCAAGACAGAGUCACCAAGAAGAUGUUUGACUCCUCUUUGAAUGUGGCUGGGCGCUUCAAGCAAAUCGCCUAUAAAAACGGCAUCACAUUGAUUUGUAUGCCAAGCGUUAAGGAUAACGUCGGAGAUCUUGCCAUCAUGGCUCCUUCUUUCAUCAUCACCGAAGAAGAUGUCGAUGAGAUUGUGGAGAAGAUGGUUGAAUCUACUAAUGAGCUCAGUAAGCAGCUCAGAAAGGAAGGCGUUUGGUGA